UGAUAGCCUGCUAGCUUCCUGAGCUAGCUGGUUCGGAUCAUUUAACUUGGAUGUGACUACCUGUGUUUCACUAGAAAGUUUAUUUAAUCGAAGCGUUAGCUUAGUAAGUUUAUUUACUUCACCAUGCUGCAGUUUUUGGCGGGCUUAACUUUGGGGAAUAUUGUGGGGAUGUACCUCGCUCAAAACUAUGAGGUUCCCAACAUAGCCAAGAAAAUUGAAGCCUUUAAGAAGGACGUGGAGGCCAAGAAGAAACCCCCAGAGUGAACAAAGCUGGAUUAUGCAACAAGCAAGAGGAGACGUCUUCUACAUAGAUAAUUUAUUCCGCAUGGUUAUAUUGGCUCAGUGGGGAUCUCCUCAGUUAUAAAUAAUUGUUCCAAUUGUAGCCGUCCCCUUUGGGUAAAUUGUACAGAAACUAGAUUUAAAGAAUAAUACAGCCAACUGGUGGGAUCACUUUAAAUCCAGUUCGGCGCCACCAGUUGCCUGGUUUUUGUAUAAUGCAGUGUGAUAAUAUUGUUUAAAGUGUAUUAAAAUGUACAACAGUUUGAAAACAAUUUACUACCUUCUGAAUUUCAUAGUAACAACUGCCAAAUGUUUUGACAUAUUUUCACAAUUUCACAAACACUGUUCCAAAUCCUCAAACCUACAAUAAAGCUACAAAAAAUA